AUCCGCUUGAGCGUACUCUCCUUGGCAGCUGGGCUCUUUCGCUCAUCGUUCUCCAUUUCCUCCCUCUUCAGGACCAUAGACUAUGCCCCGACAUGGCGGGGCCCAAGCGGUCAAUAUGGGUGGAACAGCCGCUGCUGUCCUCUUCAUCCUCGCUCUGCUGGGGUUUGUGGCCGAGACGCAGCUGACCCAGUAUGUCCAAACGAACCUGGGCUUUAAACAACCAUAUCUCAUCUUCUACAUUGUUCACUCUUUCUUCGCCGUCAUGUUUCCGGUGCACUUUUUAUACCUUUCAUUAACCUCCAAGCAUACCCCCCGCGCGAUAUGGAACGGACUCAUUCUUGGUCUUCGAAACCGUAUAUCCCCCGCAUCCCCACGUCCCUCUUCGGCCUUUCCGAUAUGGAGACUCUUACGUCUUAUCCUUCUCCUGACAGCAGGGAUGUCUGUCCCAAGUCUCUGCUGGUUCGCUGCUAUACCCCUUGCACCGGUCACGGAUGUGACUGCUCUCUGGAACACCAACGCAUUCUGGGCUUAUAUAGUAACAGUUAAACUUUUUGGACUUAAUUGGGAGCCUCGUCGCCUCGCGGCGGUCCUUCUCGCAACAGCAGGUGCUAUGGCUGUCGUCUAUGGCGGCAGUAUCACACCAGAGGCGCCAGACAGCACAGACGCAGGAGCGGCAGACGUCUCCCAUUAUAGACCAACCUCCGCAUUGGCUGGCAGUCUCUUAACAUUGCUUGCUGCCAUUGUGUAUGGCGUAUACCAAGUGUUGUACAAGAUGUACGCCGCCCUCCCCACCGAUCCUGAGGCUGAUCUUGAUGGACUGGAUGUUCCCGCGCCAUAUGAGCCUGUUCCAGACGAUAUUAUCGAACAGGUCCAGACUAUUGCGCUUUCAGAACAGGAAGACAUCGUGUAUCCUCCGCCGUUCGCGCUAUACCCGAAUCUUCUGACUUCGGCUAUUGGCGUAUGCACAUUCUUGGUUAUGUGGAUUCCCAUGCUCAUUCUCCAGUUGCUUGGGAUUUCAUCAUUCCAUUUACCUCUUAACCUGAAGACGGUAUUGACUCUUGGUGGUGUAGCUCUUAGUGGUGCCACAUUCAAUGCAGGAUUCAUGAUCCUCCUGGGAUUGUGGGGUCCAAUACUGACAUCCAUUGGCGGCCUUCUUACCAUCGUAUUUGUAUUCCUCUCCGAUAUCAUUUUUGGCGGAGCAGUGCAGACCAUCACCUUCUGGAGUCUUUUGGGCUGUGGUUCAAUAGUGGCAGCAUUCAGUGUCCUUGCGUACGAUAUGAUGCAGAAGGGAUGAUUGUUGACAUUGGGAUUGUCGUAAGGUGUUUCUGCCUCUGGAGGGAGCCAUUGUUUCGAGAACGCGGAAUAAUGAACAGAAAGCUAUUAGAACGU